AAGUCAAUUGAAUAAAUUCAGACGAAGAUGUAUACAAAACUGCAACAACUAGAAAAGGUUAGAAAAACACUUUUUGACAUUAUUUAAUUAUUUACCUCUGUUCGUUUUACGAAAAUACCGGCUUAUUAAGGAAUAUAAGUCAAGUUUUGGCGGUAUUUUUACAACUAUCUUUUGAGACAUCGAACAGUAUUAUUUGCUCCAAAAAUUAGGUUUUUCUUUCUUAUAUUUUAUAAUUUCAUUAUAUAAACUACGCAGAAACCAGUGCAGAUUACGCAGCAUUAUGCCGCUGUACAACAAAGAAAACGAAGGCGACGCCCUAAAAUUGUCUUCCAACGUAAAUAAGAUCGUUAUCUCUCCCAGUAAAUCCAACAUAAUACAGAACGAUAAGAGACAAGACUGCCAAACACCGAUACAAGAAGGAAAUAGCUAUGAAAAUUUUGAUCCAGAAUUAGAACCUUUACUGAGAGAGAAUCCUAGACGUUUUGUAAUAUUCCCUAUUCAAUAUCCUGACGUUUGGGCGAAAUACAAGGAGGCUGAAGCUUCCUUUUGGACCACUGAAGAAGUAGACCUAAGCAAAGACCUGGACCAUUGGAGAAGCAAGCUUAAUGAUAACGAAAAACAUUUCAUUUCAUACGUCCUGGCAUUUUUCGCUGCUUCUGAUGGCAUUGUCAAUGAAAACCUGGUUGAAAGGUUCAGUCAGGAAGUCCAAAUUACUGAAGCCAGGUGCUUUUACGGGUUCCAAAUUGCAAUUGAAAAUGUUCAUUCGGAAAUGUACAGCAUGCUUAUAGAGACGUACAUAAGUAAUCCACAAGAGAAAGAUUUCCUAUUUAAUGCUAUAGAAACAUUGCCCUGUGUUCGUAAGAAAGCAGACUGGGCAUUGAAGUGGAUCAGUUCUAAAACUUCAACCUUUGCCGAAAGAAUAAUUGCCUUUGCUGCCGUUGAAGGAAUAUUUUUCUCUGGCAGUUUUGCAGCCAUUUUCUGGCUGAAAAAGAGAGGUCUCAUGCCAGGUUUGACUUUUUCAAAUGAGUUGAUUUCAAGAGAUGAAGGGCUUCAUUGUGAUUUUGCCUGUUUGUUGUUCUCUCAUGUCAUUCAGAAACCUUCAAAACAAAGAGUCACUGAUAUCAUUAAAGAUGCAGUGAUGAUCGAGCAAGAAUUUUUAUCAGAGGCUCUUCCAGUCAGUUUGAUUGGCAUGAACUGCAACCUUAUGUGCCAGUAUAUUGAGUUUGUUGCCGACAGAUUGUUAGCAGAGCUGGGUUGUGCCAAGAUUUAUAAUGUCACCAACCCAUUUGAUUUUAUGACCAUUAUUUCAACUGAGGGAAAAACCAAUUUCUUUGAGAAAAAAGUAGGGGAAUACCAAAAAGUCGGUGUAAUUUCCAAUUCUAGUGAAAAUGGUGAAUUUACUACAGAUGCACAGUUUUAAUACUUAUUUUGUAUUUCUCGUUUAUUUUUUAUUUUAUCCGUAUGGUAGUUUUAAGGAUUUUUUUAAGCUAUAUUCGUUUAUUUUUUACAUUCUAUUUAUAUGUUUUCUAUAACAAAAAUGAUGAAAGAGUUUUAAAAGUUUUCAAUAAACACCACAAUAAAAAUAUCACGUUAGGAUAUAAUUAUUUAAGGAUAUACAUAGUUUUAAAACAAGUUUUUAAUUUCUUCAAAAAAUGUACAUAUUUAAAAAAGUUGUAGAAUAAAGUAUAUUUAAGUA